ACAAUGAUUGCAGUAUUUCAAACAAAAGUCCACUAUAUGCCUGGAACUGCAAGAUUAUAUAACUUCAGUCUGAUGCAUUUACCACUCUCUCAGAUUUGACCUUCUCUACCUAUUACAAAGCAAUACUCAAAGUCAUUUCAAUUCUGACUAGCUUAUGAUUAUUAAAUAAAUGCUGCUGAUGUUGAUUAGUGAGCAUUGGUACAUAACAUGAUCAAUAUUUAUCAGCUGUUACUCCCUCCAUUUUAAUUCGCUGACUGCCCUCGCACACAUAUUUGUUUGUCAGCCAAUCAGUGAAGUAUACUUUCCAAAUGUUCAGCACCUUAAUGAAUAUUCAAAUACAAGACUUCGUUGUAGUCACUUUGUAAAUUUGUCUGUGGGUGGGAAAUAAAGUGCAAUAAAAGGAGCUCACCACACAUGAAAGUGAUUAAUUACAUUUUCAACACAUUGCUGUAAACAAACAACUAUGCUGGCACGGAUUGUUCUUGUACUUUGUUUGGCAGCCUUGGCAAGAUCGGCUGCUUUCCCUUUUGUCUUCAACAAUAUAAAUCCACAAUGCUUUAAAUACAAUGUAAUGUGUCCCCGGAACUAUGAGCCUGUGUGUGGUACAGAUGGAGUCACAUACGGAAAUGAGUGCAUGCUGUGUUUGAAAAAUAAGGAGGACAAGACCAACAUAUCAAUUUCCAAAAUGGGUGAAUGCAGAGCUCAUUUUAUUUGGGAUCUGACAUGAAGGCUGGAAACGUGAUGCUUUAAAUGUGGUCUUUUUUAAAGCAUUCUAAUCUUUAAAUAAAACAUAAAUAUGC